AGAUUUUUAGUGAUCUAAUUAAGGUGAAGACAUGUUUUUGGACCUCCAUUUGAGAGCAAGGAGAACAUCCUGGUUCUUCUUGAACAGGCGGAGCGACUUCUGAAGGGUGGAGGACAAAGCCUGUGUUCCUGUUGCACAGUAGAGUCGAAGGGAUGGCUUCUGAGAGCCCCAGCAAGAGGCUGCAGUUGGAGGUGACGUGUCCCAUCUGUCUGGACUAUUUUACCGACCCUGUGGUUCUAGAUUGUGGGCACAGCUUCUGCCAAGCAUGUGUGGCGAGAUGCUGGAAGGAUCCUGGUGCAGGCACGACAUGCCCUCAAUGCCGCAUGGCCGUCGGACAGAACUUCAGACCGAACAGGCUGCUUGCCAAUAUGGGGGAAAUCUAUCGGCAGAUGAGUUGGUCAACCCUGCAGGAAGUGCAAGGACGGAGGGUGGAUUGCGAGCGGCACCAGUUCCCCCUCGAGUUCUUCUGCCAGGACGACAACACCCCGGUCUGUCUGCUGUGUCAUAGAUCCAAGGAGCACGUAGGACACCAGGUGGUUCCUCUGAGGCAGCUUGCCCAAGAGUACGAGGCCAAAGGCAUGAAAACUAAAAAGAGGAAAAGCGGUAACCGUAGGAAGAAGGCCUGUCCCGUUGAAGCUCCAUGGUGGAGUGUUGAAGGAAACAGAAGUAAUGUGUCUCCACUUCUGGAGCAGGUGAUGGAAGAGAAGCAGGAGGAGAAGCAGGAUCAACACUUCCAAGUGGAUCAGCCGAGCGAAGAAGGUCAUGAUGGGUUUGCUAUCCAUAAAAAGAAGAAGCAGCGAAAACGAUAUCGCCACCAUACAAGAGAUAAGGAGCUUGAGGGGGAAGGCCCUAGUACAUUAUGUAAUACGAAUUCUGAUUAUGGUGUUUGCAAGGUGGAGGAGGAUCUUAAUGAUGAAGACAAGGAUAUUAUUCUCCCUCCUGUGGGAUCCACCAGCAUCCAGAACCGUCUUGUGGAUCUGGCUGGAGGAUCAGAAGACGCUGUCUCAGUGACCACUCAUCACCCUGCUUCCUCGUUAGGCAGGAUUCUAAAAGAACCAGCUGGACAGCCUGUUCAAAGUUGUUCAAAACAAGGGCAGCUGGAGACUCAGUGUUUCCUUCCAGAUCUUCCUCUGCUCCCAUUUAAGUGCAGUCCUCCAAAAAUGAAGUCAACUUCAAAGUCAAAUCUGCGGGGCUCAGAGAAAGAUCGGCGCAGACGGCGCACGUCUUACGUCUGGAAAUAUUUUACCCACCUAAAUAACAACAGGCUUCUCGCCGUUUGCAGCGUAUGCCGAUCCAGAGUGCGGUUAGGAAGGGAAGGCGGGUGCCAAAGGGUGGGGACGUCUUCCAUGCGAAGGCACAUUGAAUGUCGCCAUCCCCAGCUGGUCCCAAAAGGGGACUCCAGAGCCACUCCCACCUUGAAAAAGUUAAGACCAGAAAGGAGUGCCGUGAAGCCUGCAGAACAAUUUGAGGGGCAAGGAAGUCUUCAGAACGGGGUUGUCUCCGGGAAACAGAUGACCAUACCUGAAACAUGGACAUUCAAAGAGAAGCAUGCAAGAGACAGUGUUAAAUCCACAAAGCUGAAUCGUGCCCUGGCCAUGUUCGUGGCUUGUUCUAUGCUUCCACUUUCUGUAGUAGAAGAUGAGGCUUUCCUUGAGUUCAUGGAGGAACUUGACUCUCGCUGGGACGUUCCUAGCCGUCUCCACCUUUGUAACGACCUUUUCCCUGCUCUUGAGAAGGACAUUAAGGGAGAGCUGUUGAAGGAUCUGAGGAAUGCAGGGGCUGGCGCAGUGCAUUUAGCUGGGGCCAUUUGGACGAGCAAGCAGACCAAAGCGUACCUAUGCGUUGCAGCCCACUGGAUAUCUAUGGAAGAAGGAACGUUGGAAAGAAAGAGCGCAACGCUUGCCGUGAGGCUUCUCUCCGAUUUGUGCCAUGCACCGAACAUUGCUUGUACGCUGAAAAGUGUUGUUUCUGAGUGGCUGACACCGUUGUCACUGGAGGUGGGCUGUGUAUCCACCAAUAACAGCUUGGAUCUCUUGAAAGCUGUACAGCAGAGUGGAAUGGACCCCGUGCUGUGCAUCACUCAUUGCCUCAACCUGGUUCUUCUGAAGGCCCUCAGGACCGCUCCCCCUGGAGUCAAGCAUAUCCUAAACCUCGCUCGUACUCUGUCAGUACAUUUCCGGCAAUCAUGGGCUGCAACGGAGGCGAUCCGUGUAAUACAGUGU